GCCGUUUGCGCGGACCAACCGGGAAGCGAAGCGCAAAAUCGAGAAGUAGGCUGCGCGUCAGAAAGGCAAAAUACCGGAGAUUUUUUUUUACCAGCUACAUCGAACCGUCGCGCAGAUUUAACACUUCAGCCUCCGACAUGGCUGACCCAGCGGCGCCCGCCGGUGCGGAGGGCGCAGGGGGAACGCGAGGCUUCGCCAGGCAGGGCGCGCUGAGGCAGAAGAACGUGCACGAAGUGAAGGACCACAAGUUCAUCGCUCGCUUCUUCAAGCAGCCGACGUUCUGCAGUCACUGCACCGACUUCAUUUGGGGUUUCGGCAAGCAAGGAUUCCAGUGCCAAGUGUGCUGCUUUGUGGUACAUAAACGCUGCCAUGAGUUUGUCACUUUCUCCUGUCCUGGAGCAGACAAGGGCCCUGCAUCAGAUGAUCCCCGUAGUAAACACAGGUUUAAGGUGCACACAUACUCCAGUCCCACGUUCUGUGACCACUGUGGAUCUCUGCUUUAUGGACUUAUACACCAAGGGAUGAAAUGUGACAACUGCAUGAUGAAUAUUCAUAAGCGGUGUGUGACCAACGUUCCAAGUCUCUGUGGGACGGAUCAUACAGAAAGGCGAGGACGACUGCAUAUCAGCGCUGAUAUUAAAGACAGCACACUUACAGUAACCAUCAAGGAAGCUCGUAACCUAGUGCCCAUGGACCCUAAUGGCUUGUCAGAUCCAUAUGUGAAGCUGAAACUUAUUCCAGACCCCAAGAACGAGAGCAAGCAGAAGACCAAAACAAUCAAGUGCUCCCUCAACCCCACCUGGAAUGAAACCUUCACCUUCAACCUGCGGGAGGCAGACAAAGACAGGCGUCUGUCCAUAGAGGUGUGGGAUUGGGAUUUGACCAGCAGGAAUGACUUCAUGGGAUCUCUCUCCUUUGGGAUCUCUGAGCUUCAGAAACAAGGAGUCAGUGGUUGGUAUAAGUUGUUAGGCCAAGAAGAAGGAGAAUACUUCAAUGUUCCAGUCCACCCAGAUGGCGAGGAAGGCAAUGAAGAACUGCGGCAGAAAUUUGAGAGAGCUCGGAUUGGUCCUGGCAAUAAGAAUACCGACAGCUCGUCAUCCAAUGACAUCUCCAAAUAUGACGCCAAUGGCAACCAGGAUCGUGUGAAACUCUCCGACUUCAACUUUGUCAUGGUGCUAGGCAAAGGCAGUUUUGGCAAGGUGAUGCUGGCAGAGAGGAAGGGAACAGAUGAGCUGUAUGCUGUGAAGAUCCUGAAAAAGGACGUGGUGAUCCAGGAUGACGAUGUUGAGUGUACUAUGGUGGAGAAGAGAGUGCUCGCUCUCUCUGGCAAGCCUCCAUUCCUCACCCAGCUGCACUCCUGCUUUCAGACUAUGGACCGUCUCUAUUUUGUCAUGGAGUAUAUUAAUGGUGGAGACCUGAUGUACCAAAUACAGCAAGUGGGAAAAUUUAAGGAACCCCACGCAGUAUUUUAUGCCGCAGAGAUUGCUAUUGGUCUGUUUUUUCUCCAUUCAAAAGGCAUUAUCUACAGAGACCUGAAGUUGGACAACGUCAUGUUGGAUUCCGAGGGCCACAUUAAGAUUGCUGACUUUGGCAUGUGCAAAGAGAACAUGUUUGAUGGUACCACCACAAAAACAUUCUGUGGCACUCCAGACUACAUUGCCCCUGAGAUAAUCGCCUAUCAACCCUAUGGAAAGUCAGUGGACUGGUGGGCCUAUGGAGUUCUACUGUAUGAAAUGUUAGCAGGACAGCCUCCAUUUGAUGGGGAAGAUGAAGAUGAGCUUUUCCAGUCUAUCAUGGAGCACCACGUGUCCUACCCCAAAUCCAUGUCUAAAGAGGCAGUGGCCAUAUGCAAGGGUUUGAUGACCAAACAUCCAGGGAAGCGUUUGGGUUGUGGUCCAGAGGGGGAGAGAGAUAUUAAGGAGCAUGCCUUCUUCCGUUAUAUGGACUGGGAGAAACUGCAGAACAAAGAGGUCCAACCCCCAUUUAAACCCAAAGCAAAAAACCGGCGCGACGCUGGGAACUUCGAUAAGGAGUUUACCAAAAUGGCAGUUGAUCUCACCCCAACGGAUAAACUAUUCAUUAUGAAUCUGGACCAGAACGAGUUCCAAGGCUUCUCCUACACCAAUCCAGAGUUCAUCAUUCAGGUUUAACGCCAGUUGCAACUGGUGUCUCCUCUCCUGAACACAGUGGCCCACCCUACAGGGAGAGGAAGAGGCAAUGAGCAUUUCAGGCUUCUCUCUUGUAGCAUUUGCCCAAAGCCCAACCGGUCUCAAGCAGAAUCUCAAACCCUGCAUUAGAUGAAGGGCUGAGAGCAGCGAGAUGGUGUUUUGUCAUCUCCCUGAGAACGUGUUGUCGUCUCAAUUAGAAAUGCUUUGUUUUUCACCACUCAAUCAGCAGUUCUCUGCAUCUUCUAGUAUGCUAAUACAUUAGCCAUGCCACAAGUUCAGUUUGCCGUGACCAUGUCGUAAUGUUAUUUAUUUUUCAAAAAUGGUACUUGUGUGAGCGUCACAUAAAAACAGAAGCAGCAACAAAGUUCUUAAGAUCUUGCAAUAUCUGCCAUUGGGCUUGUACCAUUUAGAAAUUCCAAAAGCUAAUGUUCUACUAAUCUUCUAGCUAGCCCUCAGUUCUAGGUCUAGUUAGGAUUCAACAGUCACAUCAGGUGAGAAAUGCAAUCUUAACAUGUAGCUAUUAACUUGCUAUUGCAAUAAUGACUGAAUGCAUUAUAAUUUAUGUUAAGACAUCAUGACUUGGGUAAAUGAUUCCCUUAAAGUUUAAACAGUUAUAUCAAUCAUCAUGUUAGCAAAUAUGAUUGAAUUACUAUGACUAAUAUGCCAUUUAGACUUGUUUUGUUCUGUGUGGUUAGUCAUUAGAGAAUCAUACAUUUCCCAAACUGUUAAGCAGCAUAGCUGAAAGUGAAGAUUAAGUGUAAAAGUACAAAUCAAAAGUCCUCCAGUAGACAAAUAAUGUGGUUACGUUGGAAGUAACGCAAGUGCAAUCUUACAUUUCAGUAUCACUGAAAAGCUCUUAGUAGAUCGAUGAAAACCAGAAAAGGGAAUAAAUGAAACAAAAAAACAUCAACAUGUCCCUGGAAAUGCAGCGUCAGUCUUGACUUGAAGUAUUUGUCAUAUUGUACGUGUCAGCUAAUGAUCAAAGCACACUGCUUUGCUGUUUUAAAAAGAAAGACUAUCAGUAUAGAAGGACAUGGACUCUUCACAUACAAGUGUGUUUAAUUUCCUCCUGAGCAUCUCUGUGCAUUUUGUUCAUUGUUUUUGUUUGUUCCUUACGUGUCAGGUUUGAUUUCAUAAGGGAACUUCUUAUAUAAUACUCAAGUAUUUGUAUUAUAUCCCUUUGAUUGAUUUCUCUUUACAACCCUUUGUUCAUCACUUGGUAUUGAAAACAACAGUAGGCACAGACACGUAGAGCAUUUUAAACUGGUUUUACCUGCACUGAAUGAUCCAUUUAAAUGACUGCAUAUUUUUUUACACUUUCACCCCAUUUAAUGUACCAAAAAUAUCUGAGCAUCUGGUUUUCUGCUGUUCCUUCUUAUGAUGGCUUGCUGAAUUGCAGACCUGGAAGACUGCAAAUGGUUUCGAUGACAUGAUAGACUUGCACUGGUGGAUUAGGAUUAUCAGAACAUGAUGGAGCUGGUAAAUCUGACUCAUCAUGGCAUCAGCACAGUUGGCUGUUUUUGCAGAUUAGCGAGUAGCUGUUUGUGUAGUUUUGAAGAUUUCUAUUUUUAUUUUUGUAGAGUAUGUUGCAUUUUUACUAUUUGUGCAUUUUGUGUUUGUAUAUUCUAAAGUGCUUUCAUUUUUGUUUUUUUUUUACAUAUCACUAGGCUAACAUUCACCAGCUGUCUUGUACCCUAACCAAUCUUGCUGACCGAGAGUAUCUGUGCUCUUUGUCUACAUUAUGUGAGAAAUUGACUAGUAGCUGAAGGCUCGAAGUAUUCUAACAUAAAAUGUGCAUGGCACUCUACACCCACAUUUUCUACCUAUAGUAGGUGUUUCUAAUGUGGCUGGUGAGUGCAUAUGAUUGUAACAGAGCUAUAAAUAAUAAUACAGUGCACUUUCUACCUAUUUUUAUCUACAUUAUCCUCUAUUACACUUCCACAAACCCUAUGAAAUGAUUAAUAUGAAACAAACCACUGCUGUAUAAUACUGCUGUGGGCAAGGUUUCUUAGAUAAAUUAUGUAAAUGCAGGCAGAAUGGGCUGCCAGAUAAACAGGACUGCUAAGGUCUGUUAUAUAUUCUAUAAUUUUGAAAUCUGAGAGUUUUAGGUAACUAAGUACCUCAAGUUGAAAGAAAUAACAGGAUUGUCUUAAUUCUUGACACAGAAUUAACACGUGGUUGAAGCAUUUUAGGAUAACAGCAGUGAGAAUCAUUUAUGGAAAUGAGUAGCUCUGAAGUGAAAAUAACAGAUGUGCUCUUACAUGGUUCAAGCAGUUUCAACGUAAUAUUUUAUCCAAACGUGUUCUAUUCGUUUAUUAUUUGCAUUCAGUGCAGAUCAACAUGACUGAAUCCUUACUUAGAAACAUUACACGUAACACAAGUUUUGGUUGUAUGCAGUGUUUUGGGGACCUCACUAUGUGCCAUGUGUCUAGAAAGACCUCCAGCCACCCUAUGCAUGCCUGACGGAGCAGUUGCUCUUUUAACUCUAUUUAUCUACUUCCCAAAUGUGUCAGUAUGGUGAUUGGAUCUGUUGUAGCAUAGAUCCUUAAGGGUUAUAACAUGAUGAUAAUUUCUAUGUUUUGUUUAAUUUUGAUAUACAGUAUUUUAUUUAUAUAAUGCUUUCUAGGCUUCCGUAUGGGGGGGGGGGGAUUCAUUGUGUAAAUAGUGAUGAGUUUAUCUUUGCGGAAUGAACAAGAGAAAAGGACGAUAAUGGGACUAGAUAAACUAGAUCAGCAAUAGAUAAAUGUUUUAAGAGGCAAAGUGAACAAAAUGGCAUUUGGAUUAGGAGAGCUUGUAAACAAAUCAGUGGUUAACAUGACUGCAUUUUCUGCUAGCAUGUGUUAGCAUGGCAAACAUGGUCAUUUAUGAUGGCUUCCUGGAAAAAUAUUUUUUAUCUGUUUCUUCACUGCAUGUGUGCCACAAGUGUAUGCUUUACAGUGUGAAGUAUGUGAUUAAAUGCAGCAGGGGUUUACUGUUUUGAGUUUUUAAUAAUGAAGGCUUCAAAGGGCUUCCUAUAUCAACCCCCUCCCCCAAGUCAAACAUGUUUACUAUGCAAGACAGAUGCAUGUCAACAACCUAGAAACCAACUCUAAUGUUCAAAUGAGAGCAGUGUCUUCAGCCUGGGCUGAGGGGGGGUUCUCUGGUGAUUGCAGUGACAUUUUGCAUGUUCCUUACUCAGUGUAUGUAUGUAGGACAAAUUAAAGGUGACCUUUACAAAGCUG